GCGCUCCGGAGAUUUUCAUUGGUCACGCCAUAUCGGGGGCAAGACUCGAGACCAGGAAUUCCUCAGCGCUCCUCAAAUUUCCUGAAAUCACAGACCUCUCGCUCGCCUCGGUUACCGAUACAUUCUGCGCCCACCUCCUCCUCGCAACAGACGUCUGAACAGAGCCGCUUUUCAAAAUGAUGUUGCAAAGUGUCCCCUUCCUCCUAUUGCUGGCCAUAGCGCUCUGUCAAACCGAGGAGGUGCAGAGUAAGAGUAAAGUGUGUGCCAAUGUGUUUUGUGGAGCAGGAAGAGAGUGUGUCGUCGCUGAGAAGGGAGAGCCCAGCUGCUUGUGUAUAGAGAGCUGUAAGCCCCACAAGCGAUCAGUGUGUGGCAGUAACAGUAAGACGUACCGCAACCACUGUGAGCUCCACCGAGAUGCCUGUCUCACCGGCCUCAAGAUCCAGGUGGCUCAUGAUGGACACUGCCAGGAGAAGAAAGCAGAGCAAGCAGCUGCCAGCCCAGUGGUGUGUUACGUAGCAGACCGUAAUGAGUUGAGGCAUCGUGUGAUCCAGUGGCUGCAGACUGAGGUGGUCCCAGACGGCUGGUUUGUCAAGGGCUCCAAUUUUACCGACAUCCUGCUCAAAUACUUCAAGAACUACGACAAUGGUGACUCCACGCUGGACUCCUCAGAGCUCCUCAAGUUCAUCCAACAUAAUGACUCCAACGUGGACAUGCAGUCAUACGCAGACCAAGAGAGCAACAGGCUGCUCAGAAGCCUGUGUGUGGACGCCCUGUUCGAGCUGUCAGAUGAGAACGCUGACUGGAAGCUUAGCUUCGAUGAGUUCCUCAACUGCCUGAAGCCUGGCUUCAACCCACCCGAGAAGAAGUGUGCCCUGGAGGAUGAGACCUAUGAAGAUGGGGCCGAGACACAGGUGGAGUGUAACCGCUGUGUGUGUGCCUGUGGCAACUGGGUCUGCACUGCCAUGACCUGCACUGACAAGACAGCGGUUGUCAAGGAGACCGGGGAGGCGGGGCAGGAGAUGACCGAGGAGGAAUGGAGUCUCCGUGUGACCGAGCUUAACAAGCACCAGGAAACAGUGGAGAAGAUGAAGGUCAGCACAAAGGAGGCCUAAGAGGCCCAAAGAAGAAGGGCUUGAGAGAGAGUGCGAGAGAGUCACUCUUCCUCUAUACUUGAUGUACCUUGAGGCCCUGUGCUAUUGCUGAAUUUACUCAUAUGUUAAAUAUUAUAGCUUUUUUACUGUCUUUUUGUUGAUGUUUGUUAGAUGCAAGGGCAGUCUGGAGUAUUAUUUUAGGAGUUCCUUGUGUUAAGUACUGUCUUUAUUUGUGAUUGUAUUACUGCACCCUGCACUAGGAAUGGGGCCAUUUUUUACUGUUACAGUUUUCUUCUUCUUCCUAUGUAUACAAUAUAGAUACAGUAUGGCUCUUGUUAGUAAAAUAGCAAGCAGUAAUUGUUUGGAAUGAGAAAGAUGACAGAUGUUAGGAGUGAGCUGUUGGGACAACUUUCUUCAUCAAGGAAACAAAAUCAUCUUGAAAGUACUUCAAGAUGUGUUAGAAGUGUAGAGCAAGACAAUGUCAGUGACCUAUUGUAGGGGAAGGUAGUGGUAUGUCAUACACUUGACUUUAAGCUUAUUUGCUUACAGAACUGCCAUGAUACUACUUGACCAAUGCACUUCCCCCUCUGUGACUAGCAGCAUAGUUUCAGGCCUUAGUGAAUCAUCCCAUUUAGUUAGUAUGCCCUGCUUUUUGACAAAUACACUUGCUCCUAUGUACAAUUUGUUAUAUGCUUGAGUUGGAGAUCAUGUGGUCACAAUGGCUCCUGUGCUGUAUUCAAUCAGCGCUCUCUGGUGCUUGUUUCAGAAACAUCAAAGCAAUAGUCAUCUAGAUGUGAAACCCCAAGUAGAAUAUAGAAUGAAAGCACCAAGCACAGAGCUGAACUGAGUACAGCAGGGAGAGAACUGAAACCAAAGCCUGAUGAUGACUAUGAUGAUGAAAUGCUGUACGAACCCCUCCAGGUAAAGCAUUACUCUGGACCCAGCAACAACACUAUACCUGUGCUUAUCAAAGAUCAGUUAUAAGGAUUAGCCUUGCUGUCAGCUAACAUAACUUAGAUGCAUCUCUAACUCAGAGGGAAUGCACCUGUCCGAUAAUGUGUGUGUGUGUGAUGAGGGAGUGUUUUUUGAGAGAGUGUGAGCUACUAGUGUGUGGCGGUGAGUGUCAUAUUUGUUUUAUGUUUUAUUUGUCAAAAUCCCACUCAUCCUGAGAAUUAUUUGUGGUUAAAUCAGUGCCUUUAACACCCAAACAUAGGCCUGCAGACACACACUGUCGAGGCCUUGUGUCCAGCAAGCUUUAAACCACAAUUGCAAUGGGCAAGACUAUAAUUGGCAGAAUGUUUAUAGUAACCUUAGAGCUAUGUGGUUUAGUCCUUGUUAAAUGUUUGUGUAAAAGUUCCAUAACUAGUUUGGUUAAUAACUUUUUAUUCUAAAAGGAAUGCAGAGUGUAUAAGGAGUAUAUAUGCCAAUAAAAGACAACCCAUACAGUACUA